AUGCUAAAAGUAGAUUUAAAGGAUGUAGUAGGUACUAAAAAUACCAAGUAUAAUAAGUGCUCCACUUGUGACCACAAAAAGGUGAAAAAAUCAGAUGUUCAAACCAUCAAUGAAAUUGGAGGUACCAGUGUCCACCAAAAUGUUCUUCUUAAAGACAAUGUCAAUUUACUUGACCGUCAAGGAAGUCCACAAGAUAAAACAGAAACUUACCCACCUGCAAGCCGUAAAAAAAUCAAAACUGGUUACUUAGGCCAAGAGAGAACAGAAAAAUUAAGAGAUUUAAAGAUAUGUGAGGAACCACCGAAUAAAGUUAAAAUAGAAGACGAUACUUUUAUACAUUCCUUUCCAAGUGUUCAUUCCAAUUACUGGCAUAAAAAAAGUAUGUAUAAAUUCUUAGAAUCAACAUUAAAUAUUAUAAUUAUGUACAGUUUAUAUAAGGAAAAAUGUUUGGAAGCUCAACGUAUAGCAAUCUCCAUUGAAAAGUAUCGAAAGAUUUUCAGGGAAUAUAAACUUAAAUUUCAUAAACCUAAGAAAGAUCGUUGUCAAGUAUAUGUUGCCACUAAAGAACGUGCCGAAUAUGGUGAUAAUGAUGAAGAAUCUUAUAAAGAACAUUGCAAUCGGAGAGAAGCUGCUCGAAAACUAAGCGACAGUGUGUACACAACAGAAGUUGGAACAGCUCGCAAUAAACCUGAACCAUUUGAAGUUGAACAAAAAUUUGCGGAUUUUGUCCAGAUAAAUGCAAUUUUCGUGGUGAAGGUAAUAGUAAUACAAGUCUACCAUUUAGAAAAGUAG